GCAUGCUGGCCGGUUCUGCGGCUCCGAGGCUUUGGAAGUUAGCCACUGUAGGGGUCCUACCCGGCUUCGGCGUCCGUCGCGUCUCCUCGCGCGCGCGCUUCCCGGUCCGCCCUGUGCCGCCUCCCGCCCUCGGGCAGCGUGCGGAGCUCUCGAAGUACCCUGGAGGUCCUCGGAAGACUUAAGAAGAUUCAGAAGGUAGAGAGGAAAGGGACCUUUUAAGCUUCUCUGGCCCUAAAUGGCUGCAGAAUCAAGAAAGCCUUCUUCGGCCCCAUCUCCGCCAGACCAGACUCCUGAAGAGGAUCUUGUAAUUGUCAAGAUAGAGGAGGAUCCUGGUUGGGAUGAGGAAUCUAGCAUGCAUGAAAAUAAUACUGCUGGCCAAGAACUGUUUCGCCUACGUUUCAGGCAGCUAUGCUACCAGGAGACUCUAGGACCCCGGGAAGCUCUGAUCCAGCUACGAGCACUUUGCCAUCAGUGGCUGCGGCCAGACUUGAACAGCAAGGAGCAGAUCCUGGAGCUGCUGGUGCUGGAGCAGUUCCUGACCAUCCUGCCAGGGGAGCUGCAGACUCUGGUGAAGGAACACCAGUUAGAAAAUGGAGAGGAGGUAGUGACCCUGUUGGAGGACUUGCAAAGGCAGAUUAAUAUCCUAGGACAACCAGUCUCAGCUCGUACACAUGGGCACAGAGUUCUCUGGGAGGAAGUCGUACCUUCAGAAACUGCACCAGAACCUCCAAGUACUCAGUUCCGACCCAUGGCAAUCAAACAUAAACCUCCAGUGCUCCAGAAGCCACAGGACAGAGGAGAGAGGCCAGAUUUCACUUCUAAGGCCAUGUCUGCUUCUCAGAGUCGUACUCCUUCCCAGAAAAGAAGUUCUGGAGAUCAGGAGGUGACAGCUAGACUACUCACUGCAGGGUUUCAGACUUUGGAAAAGAUUGAAGACAUGGCUGUGUCUCUUAUUCGAGAAGAGUGGCUUCUUGAUCCAUCACAGAAGGAUCUGAAUAGAGAUAACAGGCCCGAGAAAUACAGAAACAUGUUCUCCCUGGAUGGUGAGACCAGGAGUGAGAACAAGGAAUUCUUUUCAAAACAGGUAAUAUCAACCGGAAUCCAGCCACAUGGACAAACAGCUGCCAAGUGCAACGGGGAUGUUAUCGUGGGUCUUACGCACGGAGAAACCCAAGACAGAUUAGAGAGGCAGCAGGGAAAUCCCACACAAGAGAGACGGCAUAAAUGUGAUGAAUGUGGGAAAAGCUUUGCUCAGAACUCAGGCCUUGUUCGACACUGGAGAAUCCACACUGGAGAGAAACCCUAUCAAUGUAAUGUGUGCAGUAAAGCCUUCAGCUAUAGGUCAGCCCUUCUUUCCCAUCAGGACAUCCACAACAAAGUGAAGCGCUAUCACUGUAAAGAAUGUGGUAAGGCCUUCAGUCAGAACACAGGCCUGAUCCUGCACCAGAGAAUCCACACCGGAGAGAAGCCCUAUCAGUGUAAUCAGUGUGGUAAGGCCUUUAGUCAGAGCGCAGGCCUUAUUUUGCACCAGAGAAUCCACAGUGGGGAGAGACCGUAUGAAUGUAAUGAAUGUGGAAAAGCUUUCAGUCAUAGUUCACACCUCAUUGGACACCAGAGAAUCCACACUGGGGAGAAACCCUAUGAGUGUGAUGAGUGUGGGAAAACAUUCAGACGCAGCUCCCAUCUUAUUGGCCAUCAAAGAAGCCACACUGGGGAGAAACCUUACAAAUGCAAUGAGUGCGGGAGGGCCUUCAGUCAGAAAUCAGGCCUGAUUGAACAUCAGAGAAUCCAUACUGGAGAAAGACCCUACAAGUGUAAAGAAUGUGGGAAAGCUUUCAAUGGGAACACUGGUCUCAUUCAGCAUCUGAGAAUACACACAGGGGAGAAGCCCUAUCAAUGCAGUGAGUGUGGGAAAGCCUUUAUUCAGAGAUCAAGCCUCAUUCGACAUCAGAGAAUCCACACUGGAGAAAAGCCUGAAACCACAGGAGUUUAGGAAAAACUUUGGUUGUUGUCUGAACAUUAUUCAGCAUUAGAGAAGCCAUGUGGUAGUGGAGAAGGCUAGUGAAAAGGGCAGAAUCUGUGUUGUGAUGACAGUUAAGAAUAGCACUUCAGUAGUUUGAGCACAGUCCCUGGUAGAGAUUGAUUGGCUUGACUGUCUUUGGAGGCAUCUGGUGAAGCAGAGCCCUGGCAGCUUUAUAUAUUCUUCAGAACUUUAAAAUAACAGCAGAUUGCUUACUGUGACUUGAAACACUAUAUUUUGUCUUUCCCAAGAGUGGCUGUAAGUUUGAGAGGGACCACUCCUCUAAGCUUCUCUUCUUCCCAUUUUUGUGGUCCCUUUCUGCCAUUCCCCUCUGAAGAUGCCCUAGUAAAUCCUAAUCUGAGAAGCCGCUUGAGUCCAAGGCAACCUCAAUGAGACUAAGAUUUGUAUUUAGCUUUCUAAUACCCUAGUUAGAGGGAAAUGGUUGAACAUUUAACGUAUUAUUCUAGUACUCUUAGAUGAUAUAAACCCAUAAUCCUCUACAAAUUCAAUGCUAUAUUUUUAACAGCACUGUAGCAUUUUUCUUCAUUUAGCACCUUUACUGACUUCCAUUGAAUCCCUGAGCUCAUAUCCUUCACCACCCCCAGUCUCAGUACCUGUGUCAACAGAGGAAGUGGCUGCAUUAGUGAUGAUGGUGGGAGUGAUGCCAAGAAAGAGGUGAGUGGAGACUCAGCCUGGCUACUCUUGAGCACGGACAGAGUGUACCUCAGGAUGACUUCUGACUCUCCUUCACCUUCCCACUGUACACUGUGGUUCAAAACAUAUUUGCACUAUCAAAGCUUUGGCACCAAAUAAGAAACAGAGGUGCUAGAAAAAGACAUUAAAAAUUCUUACAAAGAAUGUACAUCAUUCCUUUUGGCCCAUUACAGUACAGCUCUCAGGUUCCUGUCUAUGUGAACUCCCUGAGUACAUGGUCAGCCUGGACUGACCUUCUCAGAUGGCCUCUGCCGCUCCGUCGUUAUCAUCUAUCUGUUUCCUUCCAUUUGCAUAUCUUCAGUAUCCACAGUGGUAAUCUAUCAAAUACCUUAUCUCUGAUUUCUUAUUCUGAAUUCUGGCACACUCCCUCAGUCAUCUAACAACAAAGAUAGACUAUUACACUCAUUGCCACCAGGCCCUGUAUUUCACCUCUAAAACUUUCAGCAUAACAUAGGAUAUUGUGUAAAAUAAUGAGACUGGUUUAAAAUAACACAUCAGAUCUUGUGCACCUAAAAUAUAGUGUCCUUUCAGAGGAGUAAGUAUACUUACUUAUUCUAAUAGUGCUGCUAGUCCUCCAGAUAGUGGGGACAUUCUUAGAAUUCUCAUUUAAUGAAGAGCAAGAAAACCAUCUGUUACUGUUAAUUAUAUUUCAUGUUUGGCCAUUUGAUUAGUGAGCUGGAAGCUGAAUAACUUUUGCUUUAACUUUAAUCCUCACACUUAAAAUUAUUCCAUUAAUCUUACUCAGAAGACAGGUUCUGAGUAGGUUCUGAUGAAAUCUCAAGGAAAACAGUUUCACAUUGUGACUGUCCUAAAAAGGAUCAUCUUAGUUUUUUGGCUAACUCUCUGAGGCCAGUCCUUUUCAUUAUUCUUUAUUUUCUUACCCUCCUUUCUGUUUGCUUCCUUCCAGUUUAAUAUAGAUUAUCAUUCCUAACACUUCUCUAAAACUCUAAACCACUGAGCCACCUCUCCUGCCCCAAUUGCUUGAGUUGUGCCUUACCGUCUCUAGAUGACAGGAUUUCUAUGUAGGUCAGUGCUACCUUGUGUGCAAACGUUACAUAGAAUGAGUACAUUGUCAGUGAAGCUAGAAGUCUGCGUGUGUGCAUAUAUGCGUGAGUACCUACCUGCCUUGUUUCCAAUAAAUUGCCCUUUAGCAUUUGUAUCCAGAGUAAUGUGUACAGAUCACUUCAGUCUCAGACUGCUAAGAGCUACUCAGCAACUGGAAGAAAAUAAUAUGAUUGGAAAGAUUAAUGUUACACUGGCAUGAAUAUGAAAAAGGUUGUCAUUUAAAAAUGAGUUAUUGGAUCCAUUAUUGGUGAGGCACACCUUUAGUCAUAGCACUCAUGGGCCAGCCAAGUCUGUAUAGCAAGUUCAAAGCCAGCCUUGAAUAUAGUGAGGCCAGUCUCAAAAGAACCCAAAAAUGUAAUUUGAGACUGGAAAAUGGCUUAGUGGUUGAGAAUGUGGAUUGUUCUUGCAGAGAACCAUUGAGUUCCAUUCCUAGCACCCAUGUUGGGUGGCUUGUAACUUCCUGUAACUCCAGCUCCAGGAGGAUCCAACAUAUCUGGCAUACACAGGCCCGUACACACAGGUACACAUAGACAUAUACAUAAUUACAAAUAAUAAAAUUUUAAUGAACUAUCAAAGCACAUGUAUAGAAAAGGCCAAAUGUUAUAGCAUAUGGUAAUAGAAAAGACUAGAGUCUUUGAAGAACAUAGAAGUCAUUUUAGUCUUGAAUUCACCAAGCAUUAAUUAGUCCAUAUUACAUUAUCUAGAGGUGUCAACUACCUGUGGCAUUCAUUAGGCUUUUAUCCCAUAGAGUCAAUUUUUUCUUUCAAUCUGAAAUGAAUUGUCUACCAAUACUUUCUUAUACCGUCCUCAGCUGCUCAUCUUAGGAUCUGGCAUGGUAGAGUGGUUCUUCCCUAACUCACUUGUCAUCAACAUACCACUGGGAGAAACCUCUGAGGUUUCAAAGAAUUUCUCCAUGAGACCAGAUAGGUAUUCAAUAAUGUGAUUGAUUCCAACGUGGGCCAGUAUAACCUUGCUCUUGUUUCUGCUUCUCUAGAGUGAUAGCUGACUUUUUUUGUUUUGUUUUGAACAAUAGUUGUGAGCCAAACCCUAAGUUAAACAUUUAUCCACUUAAUAGCUCAUAUCACUACAUGCCCCAUUUAUAAACGAUAAAAAUAAAGAGCUUAGAGAACUAGCCAACAUCACAUAGGCAGCAAAUGACAAGAUUCUAACCCAUACAGCCUGGUGCUAGAGCCUGUCAUGGCUACUGUGCUACGCUACCAACACUGACUAAACUCUGGCCUACCAAAUGAAACCAUGUACUCCUGGUCAUAAGAGAUACUAGGUAGACAGUGGACAAUAGUUUAGUAUGGAUCCAUUGCAAUUACUGGGAAAUUGGCUUAAAAUACUAUUUGGGGAAAGAACAUCUUUAGACGUUGAUAGUCUUGAUUUUCAGUUUAAAAAAGGUAAAUUUUGUUAAUAGACUAUGCGUAAAGGAGUAACUAGGAGGGUAAAACAGUAACAUUUCUCUGUAGACUGCCAAAGGGAGAAAGAAGUGAGUAGAUUCUAGGUUGGGCAGAUGGGCAGUUAAGAUGGUAGCAGUAAGUUUAUCCAUAGCCUACAGAGAAAACCUUCAAGCUUAUUGCCCAUUUCCAAUCACCAUUUUGUGUCUUGUGUUUUCCUUGAUUUUUCAAAGAUGUUACUCAUUUUAACCAAUUUCUGCCUUAGCUCUUAAAAACAUUUCCUUACUGGCUGUCAUAGUCAACAUUCCACUAAAAUGAAUGUAGAAUGCCCAGUGUGUAAAUUAAGGCUGUAUAUUGUUGUUGUUAUCUUCCUUAAUCACUUUUAUAUUCAUAAUGUUGAAUUUUCCCAUAUGCGAUGGCUAAUCUUGGUUGUCAUUUUGAGUAUUACUGGAUUCUUGGGUCUUUUGUUGGUAGGUAGCCAUUGUUGAACUAGCUAGACCACAGCAGGUAAGCCAUUCUAACAAUUCCUUUGUGUGUGUGUGUGUGUGUGUGUGUGUGUGUGUGUGUGUGUGUUCAUUCUAUUCUAUUCUACUAGAGAACCCCGACUAAUACAGAAUUUUGUACCAGAAGUGAUUCUAGAGCAAUAGAAGUAUAAGGAUAAAAUUUUUUAAGUAUCUGGCAUAGGCUUUCCUCUCAGAAACUCAGGGUUUAUUAAAAGCCCAUAGUGUGAACUAUUUUACAGACUUAAGAGACAAGUCCAUUUGAUUGUCCUGAUUCACCAGUUGUGGGAGGUAAGAGAUUUGGUGACUCUGUAUAUAAAACUUUUGACAAUUUGUAGAAAAAUAAGGAAAAUGAUGGUAGUGGUUCAUUGCUCCCAGCAUCUCUGGAUAAAUUGACAAAGGAAAAGAAUGAACUCCUUGAUAGAAUUAACCAACUUCUAGCAUAUCAAAAUAUAGUGAAGAACAAUAGUGCUCAGUGAUAAAAACUGACUGACUCUGGAUGUACAUAAACAGUCUAGAGGUUUCUAUGUGUGUGUGUACUGGAAGAGAAUCUUCUCUUCAGCAGCCACAGCUCAAAUUGUGGAAAAUCAAACUGAAGCCCUCAUUCUAAGGUUGGCUGAAUUACCAAAACAAUAAAAAAUAAAAAUCAGGUCCCAGCCUCAGAGGGUAUCAGUGGUUCAGGUUAGAGCAUUAACUAGUAAAGAAUUGGAUCCUGAAAUGUGGGGUAGAGAUGUGUGGGAAGACCCUGUUGAUUCUACCCUCCAGUUCUCAAGGGUUUAUCUCACCUGAGGGAAUAGUCUCUCUGCCCUCAGCAGAAGAUGUACUUCCACCCCUUAAACAUUGCCUUUUCUGCUUUGAGGAACUACAGAAUGAGUAAUAGAAAAAGGUAGCUCUAAAUACCAUCUAUGGUCGUGGAACCAGUUGCAGAAAUGAGGAUUAUAAUUGACAUGACUGUUUCUGUCAUAUUUUGCUAAGAAUGUGUUUGUUCAGAUUUCAGUGUUUCUUUCCUCAGUUUCUUUAUCAGUAACGUAACAUGAGAACAUCUGUAGUUACCAUAUUUAAGUUUUGAGAUACCAAAAGAAUGUCCCUCAAAGGCCAUUGCCAUCUAUUUUAAAAUUUAUAAUGGGCUUGUGGUUGUACAAGGGAUAGUUAUAUCAUGUAGGUGUAAUUAUGGCCUUGUUAAAUAUAUAAUACAUUUGUAAUUAUAUGUGUGAUAUUUAUAUCACCUUAGGUAUAAUUAUGACCUGAUUAUUAUUUUCACUUGGAAAUUAAGCAUGAUGUAAGGAGAUAUGAUUGUGUGUCAAAUUGACAAUGGGUGGAUUUGUGAUGGCUGUUCUUGGCUGUUAACUUGACUACAUCUGGAUUAACUAAAACUAGAUUGCUGGGUACACAUGUCAGGGAUUUAUUUUAAAUCAUUUCAAGUGGAAAGACCCACUUUUAAUCUGGAUCUUUUCAGGUGGGAGUAUCCACCUUUAAUCUGCACCAAACCUUCUGAUGGCAGCCUCUAUGAGGAUAUGCAAGAAAGAAAUUUGCUCUUGCUUCCUUGCUUUUUGCUGGCAAGUCCAUUCCUUCACUGGAGUUAGACCCUACUUCUUCAGGAUUCUGGUGUAUAAUGAAGACCAGCUGAGACAUCCAUCCUGGUGGAGUAAACAGCUGGUCCAUUCUUUGACUUCCCGUUGAUAGACAACCAUUGCUGGACCACAGCUUAUAAGCCACUAAUGAAAUCCCAUUCUCUCCAUAUGUGGGUGGGUGCGUGUGUGUGUAUAUGUGUGUGUGUGUGUAUGUGUGUAUUCAUUCUAUAAGCUCUGUUCUCUAGAGAACCUUUGACUAAUAACCAUACUUAAAGAAUUCUGUUUUCCUUUCUUUGUUUUAUGGCAACUUUUGGGGUCAUUUUUCUCUAAUAUCUGGCUUUUCUUUAUUAGUCUUUUUUCUCCUUUAUACUAAAAUAAUCCCAUGUCAUACUUUUGCUCACUUUUUCUGUCUCUUUUUUUGUUUAUCUAUUUUGUUGUGCUUUGUAUUUGACUUCAUAUUUCCCACUUUGGAUGUCAUCUCUGCUUACGGUAUUUUCCUCAGGUACCUACACAACCUGAUAUUUGAAAUUCACCAUUCUCCUUCAAUUUGUAUUUCUUUUCAAUAAACCCUGUACCCUAAAUAGAAUUGCUGCCCUUUGUAUUUCUCAUCUCACCCUUGAAGUUAUCAUUGCAUCUUUUUCUGCCUUCCACUCUCCAAGUCUAGAAACUUGUUUAUCUCAAUUGCUUUCUUCUUGGAGCUCAUUUUCAUUAUCACUUAGGUUUUGUUUUUUAUUUCUACUAUACCAUUACAGUCUUCCAGUUAGGUCUAUAUCACUUGGGCUCAGGUUUCUAUACUUCCUUUUAGAAUAUCCAGCUUAUAUAACACUUGAAAAAUGAUCCUCAAACUCCACUUUCAUGGUAUCAUGUUUUACUCCUCCCCCAGCAGAUAAUUCUCACCAGAGUGAUAGUGUUCUAUGACUUUGCCCUCCAUUCUGAAUCUGCCUCGGCUUUCAUCACUUUCUAACUUGUUCACCUUCGUACAUCACAUUCAGACGUCCUCCAGCUCUCUACUUUUGUCUUACAGACCUUUGCCUCGGUGCCUUUCUCAUGGUUUUCCCCCUUAGAUUACUCUUUGGCCGUAACUCCUGUUCACUCAUUAAACUCACUUCCUGUAUGUCUUUGAGUGAGCACCUCCUGAUUGAGUUCACCUCACAUCAAGAUCUUCCCUUAGUCUGAGCUGCCUGAGCAGUUAACUUUCAAGUUACUAAUACCUUGCUCUGUAAUUAUUUCUAGAAGUAUGUAUAGUAGUUUCACAUUUGUAUUUAUUUCCAAAAUUAAAUUGUAAGCUCCUUGAGGGCAGGGAUAAUAACUGUAACAUUUGUAUCACUGUACCCUCUUAGUGCCUAGUACAGUGCUGAGCACACAGUAGGUGUUUAAUAAAUGC